CCGAUCGUUUCCUGCCCGCGUUGAUUGCGUCGGCGUCCCAGCGUACGCGCACGCCAAGUUUUACCACCACGGCCGGGCUCGGCACUCGCGACGCGUAGACAGGCGCAGCUUCUCUUCUCCUGCCGCGCGUGCGCCACAGGGAAAGGAAGGGCGGCGACCGAUGGCGGGGCUGCAGCGGUCCAGCGGCACGUUCCGGCGGUCGGGGUCGUCGGGGAUGGUGUGGGACGACGACAGCCAUCUGUCCGGGGAGAUCAAGCCCGUGCGGGUCGAGCGGAGCCGCUCCACGGGCCACGCCGGGUACAGGGCGUCCGCCGGCCGCGUCUCGCCCGCGCUCGACCCGCCCUCGCCCCGCGUCGCCGUCUGCGGCUUCUGCGCCUUCUUCCGCGGCGGCAAGGCCAAGAAGAACAACGACGGCAAGGCGGCCAAGUCCAAGGCUCGAACGGCCGCCGGUUCACCAGCAAGACCAAAGGUGAGGCGAGCCAGUGGCUGAUCCGUCUCUACGUCCCUGCAGCCCGUACGCAGUACAUAUGUAAAAACUUCGGUAGUUUCUUCCCUUUUCUCGUGUUGUUAUAUACUGAUCGUCCCAUGUGUAUGGAGCAAGCGCACGGUUUUAAUUUGUAGUAGGAUCGAUGUAUAGAGGGUAGCGUAGAACUGUGUGCCUCCAUGGAUGAUCACUCUUUUUUCGAGACCGGGUCUCAUCAUCACCUGAUUGUACAGUGUUCUCUUCCAUUUUGCUAUGUGAUCGGAUAUUUGUAGGACAGCAGGAUUACUGCCAGUAGAACUUUUGGUACUUAAAACGUGCUGUGUCUAUUUUGUUA